CUGGCGUUCCGUAUUCUUGUCAAACCUAAACCGAGUUUCUAAACGAACACGCAGUGAGAUGAGGCGAGCAACAUCCCCAAACGAUAUUCUGCUGUUUGUUUUCCAUCAUGCCGACACAGAUAAAGAAACUAACCUGUCCGGGAGUUGAAUACGCACAUUUUUUUUUUAUACCCGAUAGUAAUGUGGUGACCCGCAGUUCCUCUCGUGGACGUCUGUGAAAGAAAGAGCAAUUUGCACAUGUCAAAGCAGGUUGUUUGAUGCGCACGGGAUCAGUGGAGAAGUUGGGAACCGGCGGAGCUCGUUAACUUGUUGCGCGGUGAUGCGAGUGUCUUCUUGCGGAAUAGUGAAUUGUGAGCCCAUUAUUCUACAUGCCAUUUCUCUUCAUUUCGCAUCUUGACUUGAAGCUGGGUUAGGAUGGACGGCAAGAACUCAUCUAACGAAACGAGAUCUAUCCUCAACAUGAGGAACAGUAUGCACAAUUAAGUUCAAUUAGACCACCGGAGCUACCCAGGGGCGCAUAAGUUAGAUGCUCUUAUAUGCAUCCACUUAGUACACUUUUAUCUGAGUAAAAUUUUUCUGACUUCCUAACUAACCAACCCUGGACAUGUCGGAGUCUUAUGAGGACGGGUCGUGUAGGGACGGAGCUCCAGACUUCAUCCCUGCGAGAGCUACUCGCUCAGGCAGGCGGAGUGGAGUCACCGUGCCGCUGGUAGAGCGCGAUGAGGCGGCUAUCCUGGAGUCGGUGAAAACGGCACCGAGGAGGAGCAGCAUUAUUAAGGACCCCUCAGUGGCCAAGGUCAGUGGUGGGCGGAAGAAAACAGUCUCCUUCAGCAGUAUGCCAUCAGAAAAGAAGGUGAGCAGUGCGGCAGAUUGCCUCGCCUUCAUGCAGGGUGGCUGCGAGCUGAAGAAGGUGCGACCCAACUCGCGUAUCUACUCGCGAUUCUACACUCUGGACCCUGAACUGGCCUGCCUUCGUUGGGAACCCUCCAAAAAGGAUGCGGACCGAGCCCGACUUGACAUUUCUGCCAUUCGUGAAGUCCGGAUUGGAAAAAGCACAGAGACCUUCCUCCAUAACGGCCCAUCAGAUCAACUGGCUGAAGAAGCAGCAUUCUCCAUCAUUCACGGUGAUGAGUACCAGUCCUUGGACCUGGUCGCUCUAUCUGCUGAUGUGGCCAACAUCUGGGUGACAGGGUUGCGGUACCUGUUGUCCCACCCUGGUGCCAUUGGGGGAGGAAGUGGAGAUGAGGGGAGUGUUGGAAGCAAGAUGAGGCAGAAUUGGUUGGCGACUGAGUUUGCUCUGGUUGAUGAGGAUGGACAUGGAAUUGUUUCUGAAGACACCGCAGUGGCCACCAUUUGCAAACUGUGCCCUGGCAUUAAGGAAGCAAAGGUGCAGUUGCGCUUUAAAGAGAUUCAGAGAAGCAAAGAGAAGCUAACUUCUCAUGUGACAUUGGAGGAGUUCCAGGAGGCCUACUGCGAGUUGUGCACACGACCCGAUGUCUAUUUCCUGUUAGUGCAACUCUCUAAAGACCGAGAGUGCCUUGAUGCCCAGGACCUGCGUCUUUUCCUGGAGACUGAGCAGGGUCUGUCCUUGGCCACCACCGAAGGCUGCUUGGAGCUCCUUCGGCGUUUUGAGCCCUCUGCUGCUGGACUUGAGCGAGGUCUACUGGGCUUGGAUGGCUUCACCCGUUACCUACAGUCCACUGAGUGCCAGUUGUUGGACCCGGAGCACCAGAAUGUGUGCCAGGACAUGAAGUUGCCCCUGUCUCAUUACUAUAUCAGUGCCUCCUACCGCUCCUACCUGCUGGAUGAUCAAGUGCAUGGCUGGGCUGAUCUGGGGGGGCUCAUUCGAGCCCUGCAGGCUGGCUGUCGGUGUCUAGAGCUUGGAGUUACCGAUGGGCAAGAAGGAGAGCCACUAUUGGGUGUAGACCAUGGUACAGAUGGAAAGCAUCAUCAUCAUCACCAUCAUCAUCAUCACCACCACCAUCAUAACCACCAUCAUGGUUGUGUUACCCUACGCAGUGCCCUGGAAGUGGUCAACAAGUAUGCUUUUCUCACCUCCCAGUAUCCUCUACUGCUGUAUCUGUGCCAGCUUUGCUCGCCUUCCCAGCAGCGUACUCUUGCACAACACCUCAAGAAGGUAUUUGGACAGAAGCUCUAUACCCCUGACUCUCUGCCUGUAAGUCUUGGAGGUCGAGCCACCACUCUGCCCUCUCCAGAGCAACUGAAGGGUAGGAUACUUCUUGUUGGAAAGAAGCUGCCUCCAGAAGAGGAUGGCUCUGAAGGAGAGGUGUCCGAGGAAGAUGAAGAGAUAGGUGGUGGUGGUCCUCUGGCUGGCCGAAGGAUGACCAUCCCUGGGGAGGAAGAGCUGGGUGUGGUCCUUGUUGUCCCCCCACCCCCACAACCAAGACGUCUCCGCUUGCGCCGCGAAUUGUCCGAUCUGGUUGCAGUAUCUCGCACUGGAAGUCGCAGCUUUUAUGCUCACCGGGCAAGUACUCAGCAAUCCCAGCAGCAUUCUCCCCCCUCCACUCCCUCUACACCAGGCACGCCUAUGCCUCUAGAGCCCCCCUACUGGACCCUGUGCUCUCUUGGGGAAGGGGAGGCAGGCCGGCUGGCUAGCGAAUGCCCCGAAGAACUGGUGAGCUUUACCAAGCGCAAUCUUACCCGUGUGCGCCCCAGUUCAGUAAGGCUAGACUCUAGCAACCCAAACCCACUGGGAUACUGGAAAGGAGGUGUGCAACUGGUGGCGCUCAACCAGCAGACGCCAGGUGCCAUGAUAGAUUUGACCCGUGGUCGGUUUUUGCAGAAUGGUGGGUGUGGGUACGUACUGCGUCCAGCAGUAAUGCGAGAGGAGGUUUCCUACUUCAGUGCCCAGUCGCAAGGCUGUGUGCCUGGUGUACCACCGCAAAUACUCAGGGUGAAGGUCAUCAGUGGCCAUAGCCUACCCAAACCACAGGGCUCUGGUGCCAAAGGUGAGGUCAUUGACCCUUAUGUGGUGCUGGAGCUGCAUGGUGUACCAGCAGACUGUGCUGAGCAGAGAACUCGCACUGCUGCCCAGAACCAGGAUAACCCGCUGUUUGAUGAGACCUUUGAGUUCCAGGUGAACAUGCCUGAGCUUGCCCUGCUACGUUUUGUAGUUCUGGAUGACGAUUAUAUUGGUGAUGACUUCAUUGGCCAGUACACCAUUGCCUUUGAGUGUCUUCAGCCUGGCUAUCGAAACGUGCCCCUGCUGGGCCUUUCUGGAGACCCUUUGCCUCAUGCCAGCCUGUUUGUACAUGUGGCCAUCACUAACCGCAGAGGUGGGGGUAAGGCCCAGAGACGGGGUCUGUCUGUAAGGAGAGGAGUGCGGCGUGGGCGAGAGUAUGUCACCCUGCGAAACACGGGCAUCAAAGUGCUGGAUGACACUUUCCGCUCUUCCAGCACACCUCUGCGAGAGGCUACAGACCUGCGAGAGGAUGCGCUGAGCGCUACAGUGGCUUUCAAAGAGCAGUGUGGACUCCCCCCAGUGGCUACAUUAAAGCAGUGCAUCCAGAGCUUAGCCACGAGGUUGCAGAGUCCAGAUGGGCCCCCAGGGGCCAUGCUCACUCUGAAGGAUGGUUACCCAUGCUUGGAACUCAUGGGCAACUUAACUGAUGUUACUCGUAAACUGCUAACUGGUUAUGACACUAUGAUUUCGGCCAACAAGCAGCUCAUUGAGAAUGCAGAUGGAGUGCAGGAGCGAAUCGCACAAGUGCAAAAGGAAGGUAUGAUGUUUCAUGAAGACCUACCCAGGUUAGGGGAGAAGGAAAAUUUGAAAGGCCGUAAACAGAGUAAAGCUUUGGAAAGUUUCACUUGGAACAUCACUGUGCUGAAGGGUCAGUGUGAUCUCCUACGCAGUGCUAAGGUAGAUGCUUUGGAUACUUUGAGACAGCUGGUACUGGCUGGGGAGGCGUGUGGCCUGACCUUGACCUCUGAUGGUCAGUACACCCCUCAUUGCCUGUCCUCCAGACAUGGCAGUAACCAUGGCAACGGUCGCAUCUGAGCCCCAGAGACACGCAGAGGGAUUCAGAGAAUAUAGUAAUAGAUGAAUGAAUGGAUGAAGGAAUAGAUGGAUGUCUAGAUGGAUUGUUGGACAGACAGAUUGGCAGGUCUACAGGUUUCUCAGAUGGACAGACAUAUAGGGAUAUUCGCCCUUUGCUUAGUGCAGUGGAAGAGGUGCUUGAUUUGUAGCACAGCAGUGGCCAAUAGAUGGGAUAUGAGGACAAAAUAAGAAAUGUUCUGAUCAAGACAUACUGAAUAAAGGACGUAAGAGGAAAUUCCUCAGCAAUACAAAAUGACUCGGCAACUCAAACCAACAUAGAUUGUCACUGGAAUAAAUAACAUUCCUGUAAUAUUUAAGAGGACAGGACUUUAGUAGAAAACUCCUUGUAAUUCGCAAGCUAAACAGAGACACAUUCUUUCAUGUUGACCUUUUUACACAUUCUCCUAACAUUUUAGAUACAUUUAUGAAUAGAAACUUAAACUGAUGCAGACUAGAUUUUGUCAUUCCCCAAAAGUUCAUGACCAAAUGUGUGAGGGUUUUAUUUUUUUUUUACUCAUGUUAGCACAAACACAUGUCAGAAACUCCACUUUCAAGGGUUCUACUGAGGGAGUGACAUGAGUCUGCACUGACUUCCUCUGUUUUGUCACUCAAACUGAUUGACAGGUGAUGCCCACCAGCAGGACAACAGCGCUUACCGCAGCCCUGUACAGCCCAGUGUGAAUGGGAUAUCUCUAGUGCCUCUCCAUUGCAGGGAACCAUAUCCUCAUUUUCCACAUUCAUGUACCUUCAGGGAAGUGACAUAGAUUGUAUUUGGCUUAUUAAGAAUGCAGAAUGAACAUAAGAAGGCUUUGUUUGAACACUGCUCAGCACUCGCUCACAGUGUUAACUGAGCCUGUUGCUCACAUGCUCAAUGGGAUGACCAGGACUGAUGACACCAAACAUUCCUGUAAUCCAUGCAGAAGGCUUUCGUGUGUGUACUGUAAUCUGCACACAGACCUGGGAUUGUUCGAGGAACAAAUGUUAAACACACAAUUUAAAUAACUGUUUGGAUCAAAAGUGGCUUUAUUUCCAUCAUGGAUUCCUUGACUUCUGAAUCCACUGGCCUGGUCUUUGCCACCUUUUUUGUCAUGGAGACAAAAAUGCUUAUUAAAGUAACAUGGCAAGAAUUACUGCCAAUUCUCUGAUCAAAAACUAACUGUAAAAAAAAUAAAAUAAAAUGCUUUAAGCACUGAGAGGACUAAAAUGGAUGAAAAAUCUGAAGUAAAAAACUUACAUCAUACAACAUUCAUUGUGUAAUACUCAACAGUGUUGUGAUAGACAAGGAAAUAUUUGCCAGUUUUUUGUCUACUGCUGUUAAAGACACUUACAGUACAAACGUUUUUUCCCCCUCUUUUUUCCCGACAUGGUAACAGAGUAACAGAGAUUAGAUAUGUGACUUUUGAAACUGUAUACUGUGUGUGUGUGUGUGUGUGUAUAUAUAUAUAUAUAUAUAUAUAUAUAUAUAUAUAUAUAUAUAUAUAUAUAUAUAUAUAUACCACAAUAUAUACUGUG